GUGACGCACCGGUCCCGUGAUCCCCGCCGCCUCGUUCCUCUCGGUCUGGUAAAGAUGGCGGACGAGGACGGGGACGGGAUCCUGUCCAGCCAGCGGAAUGGGGGCGGAGGAUUCGGUCCCGCUGGCGGUCCGCGGGUAGUUCGGAUAGUGAAAUCUGAGUCCGGUUACGGGUUUAACGUGCGGGGUCAGGUGAGCGAGGGCGGCCAACUGCGGAGCAUCAACGGGGAGCUGUAUGCCCCCCUCCAGCAUGUCAGCGCCGUGCUCCCCGGGGGGGCCGCGGACCGGGCCGGCAUCCGCAAAGGAGACCGCAUUCUGGAGGUAAAUGGUGUGAAUGUUGAAGGAGCCACACAUAAGCAGGUGGUCGAUCUGAUCCGGGCUGGUGAGAAGGAGCUUAUUCUGACAGUGCUGUCUGUCCCUCCUCAUGAAGCGGAAAAUCUGGACCCCAGUGAUGACUCCUCUGGACAGUCUUUCUACGAUUACACAGAGAAGCAGGCUGUUCCCAUCUCUAUCCCCACAUACAAACAUGUGGAACAGAAUGCCGAGAAGUUUGUGGUGUACAAUGUCUAUAUGGCUGGUAGGCAGCUGUGCUCCAAGCGAUACCGUGAAUUUGCCAUCUUAAACCAGAACCUGAAACGAGAAUUUACUAAUUUCACAUUUCCCCGAAUUCCGGGAAAGUGGCCCUUCUCCUUAUCGGAGCAGCAGCUAGAUGCCCGGCGGCGUGGCUUAGAGGAGUACUUGGAGAAAGUUUGCUCCAUACGAGUAAUUGGAGAGAGUGACAUAAUGCAGGAGUUUCUGUCUGAGUCAGACGAGAAUUAUAAUGGGGUGUCUGAUGUAGAGCUCCGAGUGGCUUUGCCUGACAAAAGCACAGUAACUGUUCGAGUAAAGAAGAAUAGUACUACAGACCAGGUCUAUCAGGCUCUGGCUGCCAAGAUUGGGAUGGAUGCCAUUACAGCAAAUUACUUUGCCUUGUUUGAGGUCAUUAAUCACUCCUUUGUGAGGAAAUUGGCCCCCAACGAAUUUCCGCACAAGCUGUAUGUACAGAAUUACACAUCAGCAGUCCCUGGGACCUGCCUCACAGUUAGAAAAUGGCUCUUUACCACCUCAGAGGAGGCUCUUCUGAAGGAUAAUGACCUGGCUGUCUCAUAUUUCUUCCAUCAGGCGGUGGACGAUGUGAAGAGAGGAUACAUCAAAGCAGAGGACAAAUCUUACCAGUUACAGAAGUUAUGUGAGCAGCGCAAGAUGCUAAUGUAUCUGAAUAUGUUACGGAGUUGCGACGGAUACAAUGAAAUAAUAUUUCCGCACUGCUCAUGUGACUCUCGCAGGAAAGGUCAUGUGAUCACUGCCAUCAGCAUCAAGCACUUUAAACUGUUGGCCUGCACAGAGGAAGGACAGUUGGAGAACCAGGUGAUUGCGUUUGAGUGGGAUGAAAUGCAGAGGUGGGACACAGAUGAAGAAGGCAUGGCAUUUUGCUUUGAGUAUGCCCGAUGUGAGAAAAAACCCAGAUGGGUGAAAAUAUUUACUCCCUACUUUAACUACAUGCAUGAAUGCUUUGAGAGGGUUUUCUGUGAACUGAAAUGGAGAAAAGAGGUUGAAGAGGAAGCCACAGAUAAAGACAACAAGAACUGCAGUAAUGACAGUACGUGCAACAAGAACAUCUUUCAGAUUGUACGAUUACAACACAAGGAUACUAGCACCUAGCAGCUUUCUUGCUGCUCUGCCGGAUAAGAACCUAACCCAUCCCUGCCCAAUGGAGCUUGGUCACACCAGAAAUCCAUCUCAUUGUCUUAGAAGGAAAAAGGCGGACUGAAUCAUUGUAACCUCUGCAGCACUCCGGGCAUUGUACGGCCUUUCAUGGGUGCAAAUUCCACAUCCAUUAUUUUCCUCCCUUGAGGGUCCAUUUCAACAUCUCCUAAAUGACUAAGUCAAAUGUCCAAUCUUAUCAGUCCUACAAGCGCUUUGUAAACUGUUCCCCUCUUUUUGUGCUCCACUAUUAGUCCUGACACUUUGUUCUCUGCAUGUUUAACCCUACAGCCAUCUAACACUACUACCUGAUCGAGUUAGAAUCCAGACUCGGACAAUUUACAGCAGGCUCCUAAUGGAGAUUUUUUUUUUAUAUGUAUCUGUCUUGGCCUAAAAUAGUUUAUAGAGGACUAAUUGGAAAGCUUAGGAUGGAGUGGAUGGUAAGAGUCCAAGUGUUUUGGGUUCCAUUUAUAUUUCCCCCUGCUUCUUCCACUUUACCUCCUCAACCUCCCACACAGCAGCAUGUAGAGGCCAAACGCUUCCCUGAUUUCUUAUUUUCCCUGUAAAUAGACACAUUCCUCCUUUUUACAUUUCAUAAGUAAUCAAUGAGACGUGUUGGGAUAGGCUGCUGUGUACCUCUGUUAAACUUAGGUCACUUUGCAGUAUGCACCGCUCUUUGAUGAAGGAUUUCAGUAUUUGCCACCAGGCAACAUCACCCAAGCCCACUCUCUCUCUCAGAUCUCAAGGUUUUUUGGGGUACUUUCUAGGCAUUUAGGAUUUGAGAUUAUAAAGUGGCAUGUGACAGAUCCUGUUUUAAUCCAGAAUAGUGUUAUAUUACUUUUAUGAAUUGCCACUACAUUUUGGGGAUUGGUGACUACAGCCAUAUUCCUAAAACUAGGCUUAGUUUGGGGCUGUGUUGGCCCAGUGUGCCAAAUUGGGUGGGCUGGAUUAAUGGACCACUUGGCACAUCAUCUGGUAUUCAGUGUAGAAGUCAGUUAUGCACAUGGUUCUUUUAGGAAAUCAACAUUCUGCAGCAGAUAGUUGUGUGUCACAUUGCAUUAAUUUUGCUCAGUUUAUGGGAAGUUUUGGCAAGAUGCAGUAACCGUUACAAUACCAACUGACUUUUAUGGGGUGCCUAUACAAUGCCAAUUACAUUGGCAUGUUAAGGUUUGAAAAGAAAGAUUGCCAGAGCCGAACUUGAAUUGAGCAACGGUAGCUACUAGACUGUGGUAAGAAUACUAGUUUCUCAUUUUAGGUGAGAGACAGUGGGGUUCUGUAUGAAAAACAAUUCUUGAGCAAAGCUAAAAAGAGGAGCAAAUGAGUGAAAAUUCUGCUUGUUUUAAUGGUGUUACAAUUAUUGGGACCUUGCCUGAAAUUUACCCAAGCUGGCCCUGUAAUGACUGACUGUAUAUAACUGUGACCAGCAUGAAUUGCAUUUCAGAUUGCCUUAAAGAUAAAUUUUCAAAUUAAGACAGAUGCCUUUAUAUAGGUCAGUUUUAAAAAGAAUUUCUUUCAGAGGUUUCCUGUUAUUUUGUUAGCUCAACUAGUUAAAUACUUAUUUGAAAUACCUGAAAACUAAAGAUUUCUAUGUAUCAUUUUGAUAAUAGUGUGCAAUUUUCAAGGACUAUGAGAAAAGUCACAAUCCAAAAGAAAGAAAGGUUGUCUAGAAUAGGUAGGAGCACUGUAUUCAAUCAGGUGGCUAGAACAAAAUGUUAACGCUCUACAUUUUUGGAAGGUCUAGAAUAGACUCUGUACUAGGAUCUCUUGGUGGCUUUAGAGUAGACUCUGAAUUUGUUUGAAGUCUCUUGAUCAGAUGAUCUUUGAGAUUUUUGGAAUGUUUAUUAAUGAAAAGAUCUGGAUCUUUUCUUCUUAUAGAAAAUAAGGAAAAAUGUCCAGCACUCCUUGAUUUAAAUGCAGUGAUCCAUUAUUGCACUGAAUGGAUUGGCAAUAUGUUGAUUGUCUCUUGUCAAGCAAAAGAAGAACACAGGAGGCGUCAAAAGGAAAUUAUUACAAGGUUGGACAACCAGUUGGUGAUAACUAGGAAGUGUUGGCACAAGCUCAUCUGCUCCUUUAAAAUCAGAACAAAACUCUUCAAAUGGUGACCUGCACGCGGACAUGACAGCAAUAAGACAGUCACCUACAGUAUCAGACUGUAACUACUACAUCAUUAGCAGACGGCUUGGAACAAUACAGUGUGCACCCCCACCUUUGUGUCUUUUCUACCCAGCUUCACGUCAGAAGUCUUCACAAACUCUUGUGUUUUUGUUUUUUAAUUUAUUAUUCCUAGAAAUCUAACAAUUAUUUCUGGCAGUAUAUCUUAUUUUUAUUUGUGGUUUUGAACAAUGUGAAAAGUUGUAAAGAGAGAGAGUCUCCAGCUCACAUCAGUGUGUUUUUUUUUUUUUCUUGUUUUUUUUCAUUCUCAUUCUAGACCUAACCACUCUGUUGUUUGGUAAGCCACCUUAGUGUAAUUAAUUGUAACAUAUUCUUUUAAAUAAAAUGAUUUAUUGAUGAGACUA